CAAAGGCAUCGUGUUGUUGUCUGCCUGGAAAAACAGCACUGUUUGUGUUUGUGUCUUGGUUUGAGAGGGAAGUGGUGUCCCUGGAACUGACACAGGGCAUUUUGUCUGCAAGAUCCUGGUGAAGAAAAGCUCCAAAUGUCUCCAGUGGACUCCUGAGUCAUGUGCAUUGGAGUGUGAACUUCAGAGUUACUCACUGACCACGGAUGAGCAGAGUGGAAAAAGGAAGCUCACUUCCCACCAGAGUUUCCUGAGCUUGUGAGCUGGGAAGCACCACAGAGAGCCAAGAGCCAACAAAUCAUCUCAACACCUAAAUGAGGCAUUAAGUCUGCAGAUCUAUUACUCUGUCUGAGACCUCACCAGAGAACACAAGUAUUAGAAAUGGCAGAAAAGGUGAAUAACUUCCCACCACUCCCCAAGUUCAUCCCUCUGAAACCAUGUUUCUACCAGAAUUUUGCUGAUGAAAUCCCCAUCGAUUACCAGUUCCUGGUGAAGAGAAUCUAUCAUGUGUGGAUCUUUUACUGCAUCACGCUGGCCGUGAACCUCAUCGCCUGCCUGGCCUGGUGGAUCGGGGGAGGCUACGGGGUCAACUUUGGCCUGGCCAUCCUCUGGCUGAUCCUCUUCAGCCCCUGUGGCUAUGUCUGCUGGUUCCGCCCUGCCUACAAAGCCUUUCGGUCGGACAGUUCCUUUAAUUUCAUGGCCUUUUUCUUCAUCUUUGGGGCGCAGUUCCUCCUCACGGUCCUGCAGGCAAUCGGCUUCUCCGGAUGGGGAGCGUGUGGAUGGUUGGCAGCCAUCACCUUCUUCAGCACCAACGUGGCAGCUGCUGUGUUCAUGCUGUUCCCUGCCAUCAUGUUCACGAUGUCAGCAGUUGCAAUGCUCAUCUGCAUUAUUAGGGUACAUAAAAUCUACCGAGGGGCUGGUGGAAGCUUCCAGAAGGCUCAAGAUGAGUGGAACAGCGGCGCAUGGAGGAACCCUCCCAGCAGGGAGGCCCAAUACAGCAAUUUUUCUGGGAACAGCCUGCCAGAGUAUCCCACAGUGCCCAACUACCCCUCUGCAAACCAAUGGCCUUAAGCAGCAACAGCUGCAAACUGCCUGGAGUCUCUCCUUUUUGGUCUUUUUAUUCUUGUUCUUGGAAAAGAUCAUUUGCAUUCCCCCCCCAAGCACCCCACUCAUCUCGGGGACCUUUCUGGUUCUUGCCUCCUGAUCCCUGCGGAAUAUCUGUGCUCUCAGCCCUUCCCACCUCCGCUGCACUGCACGGCCAUGGCAGAAAGCUUUUUGUUUGCCUUGAGUCACCAGUAUUCGCCUCGUUGCAGAGUGAGAACAAACCCUUCACUGCCCUUGCUUGAGGGAAUCCUCUCCUGACCAUCCCUGGAAAUGGCUCAGCUUCCCCACGAUGGCAACACUCCCACAGCUGCUCCUGCCCCUGCUCCUGCUCAGCUUCCAUGGAAUGCCCAGCACAGCACCACACCGUCUGUAGCAAAAGCAAUCAGAGCAUUAGUAGCAACUGGUGUUUACUCUCCUGGAUGAAUAAUGUGGAAUUUUUCACUCUAAGGGAAAUGCAGCACUUAAAUUAUUUGGUACUGGUGACACUGAAGUGAUUUGUGGAAGCUCCACCCUCCGUGGGAGGAUCCCUGCAGGUAACAGAGGUGCCCUGGGUGAGUCCUCAGAUGGGAAGUCCCCACAAAUCCUCCUUUGCCUGGCUCAGACUGUUGUGAUGCUACAGCUCCUGCUUUCCCUGCUGCCAAAACCUCUUGCUGGAUCUGUGUGUUCCAAAGGUGCAGAUUCAUCUCCUUAGGUUCAUGAUUGCUCGCUAAAACCUGAAUCAAAGCCCAGUGGAAACCAGUGCAGAGCUGACACUGGACCUUGGUGAUGUUCACCCUGGUACAGGGACUCAGCAUGAGAUCUCCCCACCAUGUAGCUUCCAGCCAGGUUUUGUGCUGGAUGCAAGAUAAUGAUUGAUCUCAGUGCUGGAGCCCCAGUGUGGUUUGGAAAUGUUCUGUUACAAUGAAUAGUUUAGUUCUGCCUUUUGCUGGUGUAGCUGAACUUCAGAUAUUACAGUGGGGUCUGGGAGACCAAGGGAAGCUUGUUAGUCCUCAUGGCUGCUCUUGGCUCUGUGGCUGGCAGGACUUCCAUGAGAGAGAGAUUCCUGCCUUUCUCCCAACAAUCAGCUGAAGGGAUGUUGAAGCUGUUGAGAGGGAUUGUUUUCCCACAGAUUAUCCUCCACCUUGUCAUUCAUCUCCAUUUUGUGCCUGAGCCAUCCAAUUCCCUGUGUCCUACAGCGAUCCAGGCAGCAAAGGCUGCAGUUUCCUUUUCCCCCUCAGCCUGCUGUGAAUUUUUUAAAACCUGUCCAAACUGGGAGGUCAGUUUCCAAUUUUUUUAUAGGGAGUGAGUGUUCCAAGUCUUUGGCUCUCAAAGUUUUGACCAAUGAUCCAGAGUGCUCCGUUUGGGAGACUUAGGAGGGGUUGGGCACCCUGGGGAUCAGACCCAGAGCCUGCUGCCUUGGCAGGCUGUUCAUGGGGUUAUUUCAAAUUCCCAAAUUUGCACUGAGCAACUGGAAAACAGAAUUGGCUCCUGGAAAGGGACAGGGACAUGGUCCUAGCUAGGUGGAAUUGAUUUGCAAGUGAUCUUUUGAAAAUUUUUCUCUACAUGUGCCUUAUCUAAUGAAAUCACGGUUCACAGAGGAGAGCUCCUGCUUCCCCCUCACCCCUGCAGAAUUCCCUGUUUCCUCACUAACUCGUCCUGUGUCACACUGUAAAUAAUGAGGGAAGCACAGUCUGGAGUCUGCACGACCCCUGUGUUACCAGGGCCAAAGCAAAAGCAACCCCGGAUUUCCCCAAAUUUCUGUUUACAGCCACACUGACCCCUGCUGCAGGAGCAACCCUCCACUGGCUCUGGGACGUGGAAUGUGCUCCCAACACCAGGGGUUUUUCCUGGAGAGUGUGCAAUGUGCUUGGGAGGACGAGCUUUUGGAGCCUUCUUAACAGAACAUGACCUGAUGGCAUUGUGAAGCUUUUAGGUGCCUUUGUCUAGUGUCAAGUGUAAUUUUAAGUGUUCUUUGUGGCUUGCCAUCGGAGUGAUGAAAGAACUGCCUGGCGUUGACUCCCUGGAAAUACGAUGGAUGCACCACGGGGUGAGGGUCAGCGGGGCUGCAGGUGGGAUUGGCCACACCUGGGAGCCCCUCACCCAUGUCCCUCAGUCAAGCCCCUCACCAUCCUCAGCCUCUUGCCAAAAUUCUUCAAAACCAUUUGAUACCUGCCCCAUUUCAGUGUGUCAAGUUGGAGGUUUUGAAGGAACCAAGAGGAGAAGCGUUGCUGGGGACUCCACAUCCUGCUUCUCUUUGGGAUUUUCCCCUUGGAGAAUCUGGGGGCUGUGUUGAAGCACCCACCCUCAGUCACACUGGAAAUGUUUGAUGAAAGGAGAGGGGGUGCCUGGGAGCCUGCCCACCAGAAUGGUUGGAGCUGGACACCAAAAUCACACCCCGUUAGGCUGCACUGCCUGAGAUCCCCGUGGAGAUCAGUGCACCUCAGGUGGCAACUCCAUCUCAUCCCCUCCCUCCUCCUUGAUGCCAGAAACCGUAAUUCCAGAAAGUUGACCCAACACGCUGCCUGAACAAAUGGCUUAAUUUUUUUCUUUUUUUUUUUUUUUUUGGACUCCUCUGUAUGUUUUUAAAUGUUUACAUUAGAUUUCUAAAAGUUCUUAACACCAUAACCCGGCCCUGGCUCCUGGUGUGGUCGGGCAUCACGUGGCGUGUCUGUGUGUGAUGUUGCAUGUCACCUGUGGAGCUCUGGGUUUUGUUUGUGUUUUUCUCUUGAUCACAAGACAAUAAAUGCUCAUCCUGUGCUUGAUGAGGAGAACUGGC